GCAGGUGUAAUGGUCACACAAAGCGACGAAUUGAUCGACAAAGAAACUUGUAGUAUUUGGGAGAUCGUUCUGCGAAAAAAAUGGAUAAAUUUAGAGAGAAAAGGAUAGCUAUGCAAGAAGAGAUAGACGAACUGGACAAAAAGGAACAGUUAGCACAAAAAAAACUAGUUCGUUUGACCGAAAUAACGGAGCUGCAUCAACGAGAGCGCGAUACGUUGAAGAAAAGUUGUAGCUUGACUGAACAAAAUUUAGACAAGAAGGAGGAUAUGCUUGAGGAAAAACUCCAUUUGCUGAAAGAUGCUUUACUCAAACAAGAACGCGAAGACCAAAUUAUUAAAGUUUUAGUCAAAAGAGAAGAUGAAAUGGACGACGAAACGAAUCGCUUGGAACCGAAAGUAAAGCGAGCGAUACAAAGAGCCGACGAAGCAGAGAUGAAAUACCAUGAAGUUGUGCGAAAACUCGCUUUAGCAGAGACUGAGUAUCACAAAGUAAAAGCAAGACAAGAAGAAAAAGAGGAACUAGUGCAAAAACUAGAGGAUUCGCUUAAAACCGCGGGCAGACAGAUUCGCCAUCUUGAAGUGCAGGAAGAGAAAUCAGGCGAUCGAGAAGACCAGAAAUUUCACUACUGCCGAAAGUUGAUCGAUAGAGUAGAUCAUUUUAUCAUGCGAGCUGAAGAAGCCGAAAGAAGGAUUAGAAUGCUGCAAAAAACAUACGAUGCAAUAGAAGAAGAAAAGGUUACUUAUGAAAAGAAUACUAAAUCAAUGCGACGCGAACUGGAAGAAACAUUGAAAAGUUUAGACCAUUUAUAAUUCUCUCAACCAUCUAUUCCUUGCAAAUCAGGAAUAAUAUUUUUAACAUUGUUGAACGAACACGUGGCACUUUAGAAUUAUAAUCUUGACAUGCUUUAAAGAAAGUUUAUGUUUCAAGCCAUGUUUAGACAWGAUUCAUUUUAAUCAAGCCAUAAAAAAGCUAUGACUGAUCUUGUCGGCAAAGUGUAAGUAGUUUAUUUGGAUAUCAUACCAGUAAAGUUAUUCAGCAAAACGCAGCGGUAUAAACRUUAUAAAUUAUACCGUAAAUUAAUUAUUUGAUAGCAAAUAAAAACGCUGUAUAAAUCAUA